AUGGUGGAGGAAUCUUCAAGGAAAGCUUCCGGAUAUACACAGCCAUGGUUCUGCCCUUCCAGGUGCAAAACACUCCACAGAUGCAGGAAUCACAGCAGAUGCAGAAGAACGAAGGAUCAUGCGGUAUCGACACUUGUAAGAGUCACUCAGUACACAUGCAUGUUGCUUAGCUAUUUAAUGGAGCAUAAUGCUGAUAAAAAGAAGCUGGUAGUGAAACUCAGGCAGUUGGAAUCUAACAUGAGCUCUAGCCGGAAAAUGUUCAGACUGGGCAACGUGGUACAUGCCUUGGUAGCAGCCAGGAAAACUACACAGAUGCCAGAUGUGGUGCCUCGCUUCUGCCUUACAGCCUCCAACCUGACCCGUGCCCUCUACUUCGUCUGCGAUGCAGCCCUGUGGCUGAAGAGCGUUGGGCUCCAACCUGACAUUGAUAAGCCAAAGUGGCAGAAUUGGGCUACCAAGUUUUACUACGUUUCAAUCCUGAUGAAUCUAGCCAGGGACUGGUAUGAGAUCUCCUGGAGGCUGGAACAGGCUGUACAGGAAGUAGAGACAAAGGCGAAUUCAUCCUGGGACAACCACCAUCAGGAACUGAAUCGUGUGAAACAUGAUGGUUUGCACGGGUUUCUUCUCCUGCUGUUUCAGAUACUGAAAAGACAUCCUCCUUUGCUGCUAGACUUGGUGAAGAAUCUCUGUGAUCUCUCAGGUCCUUUGGACACGCUAGGGAUCUACAAGACCAACCCAGGAGUGAUUGGUUUCUGUGGCAUUCUCUCCUCCCUGGUGGGGAUCCUCACACUAGCAAGCCCACAUCUGAAGCUGCAACAGUGACAUAAAAGGAACCGCAUAGUAUGCAGCAAGCCAGCAGCUUUGAUCCUCUGAUAGGUUUUUGUCCUUCAUGUGGCACUUUCAAAAUGAACGUGUCUCACAGUAACCUCAAGAUUAAUUUUGUCCUCUGAAAGUUGUGAAAUAGUUACGUAGACAACUGUAAUAGGUUAUGAUUCAUAACUAACUGUGUUUACACUGGAAAGCUGGAAUUCACCAGUCAAAGGUUCCUACAGUCAGGUUUCCUGUAGUGGGCUCAGGCAGGUUAGGGGCUGUGGUCAAAAUGGCCUGAAGUCCAACACGAGUGUUCUGCUGGGUUUGGGUUGAUAGUUCUCGUCUCCUAUAGGCUAUGGUGUGAAUGCAGUGGGAUGAUAACUGAAGAGUAGUGUGAUCUGACCUCCGGGUGAUCUCUGUGUAACAUGCGCUGGUGAUGCUGGAUCUGUAGCCUAACAAGUGCCAACUUGUGUCCCAGGAAAUCAGCACUUUAUUAUUUUCCUUUAGUAAUGUGAGCCAAGGACUGUUGGCCCCUGACAUUUCCAGCAGGCCAUGGCUGAGGGUUUUGGUGAACAGCGUGUGAGAGAUGCUUGUCUGAGUGCUGAUGAUGCUGUGAUUUGUAGGGAACUAGGUUUCCAAAGCUGUGAAUCUGGAACCACUCACAAGCACUGAAUUUCCUAUUACACAUGCACCUUAACUCCCAAAUCCCUGUGAUUCCAAGUGUAACAAUUUUCUGUUAAUUCUAUUAUGAUAAGUAACUUGGUUUACUGUUUUAAUUUUAUGGGAAAAAUUCCAGUAUAGUAAGCUUUGGAACCUGCAGUUAAGGAGAGAAGCUUGGCUCAAAACUCAUUGAGUCAGAAAAACUGCAAGGACAUGUUUGUAAUUGUGUAAGAUCCCAGAGGGAAGGGAAUGGAGUCGGUUGUGAUAACAUCAGAGUCCCUGUGAGAAGAAAAGCUUAUUACUAGAUUUGGGCAUUUAUGGUUUAGAUUUUCCUGUCUGAUCCUACCUAUCCUUCCCUCUCACGACCACCUCUUGUGUGUUCCCUUGCUGCUUGAAUGGGUUCUACCAUUUGAAAAUGCCCUACGUUUACCCUCCAACUGCAUUAUUGCUCAUCACUUACCUCGCUGGGAAUGAUUGCCUGGCAAUGUAAUCUAGGUUAAAGGGGAAAUGCUGUGUCCAGCUCUCUAGCAGUUACAUGGCAUGCAGUCUUUGUUAAUCCUGACUUUCUGUCUCAUUCUGACACCAUCUGAGAAAAUUUGCACAUUAUAUAUGAGGUAAAAUUAUUUAUCUUCAUCAGAGUUAGGCCGGUGUAUUCUGCCACUGCUUAGUGCAGGGACUUCUUGUUUAAUUUUGUCAGGAGAUGUGAACAAAGACUGCUCUAACCUGGACCAAGGUACUCUCUUAUUAUUUAUGAUGCUGUCUGAAAACAGAAAUUGAAAGGUGCUGAUCUCCUUUAUUAAAAGGAAUUGAGUAGGCAGGUUAAGGCAGUGCCCUAGUUUACCUUAACUCACUAUGGUCAGGCUUUGAAUUACUUCCACUUUGAAGUGCUCGCCUGCCAAUGAAGUGUUUGAAAAAAGAGGUUGCUGGGCAGGAUAAUUAAGCAUGCUUGAAAACCUAGUGUGGCCUGCAGCAGCUCUUCUUUUCAAUAUGGAAAUGAAUACCAUAAAAAGUAGAUGUACUGGCAGUUCAGACCAUAAUGGAGACUUACCUAUGGGGUAUGUUGUCUUCAAGGGCUUCCUCUCUGUCAAUGGAAUGUUUUUGUUUCUUUACUCUGUUUGCCUUUGAGCUCCUGGCAAUGUGGGGCCCAUCCCUCCCUUGGUCAGAUUUGAUCAUUAUCCCUGCAUGUAGCAACAACUGUAAGGAAUGAAGAGGAGUCUUGAGGAGUCUUGAUGAUCAGGCAGUGGAGGUGUGGCCACCUUUUGUCUCAGAAUUCCAUCUUCUUGCAAAAAAAAUGCAUUUUUAGUUCCUCUCAGGGGAGCCCUUGGAUACAAAGUGCUUCUUUCACUGGAUUGUGAGCUAAUUUCUCUUUUUCCGUUGUAGUUUGGAGGCAAAGAGAAAAUGCAUUUAUAUACUGAUGUGGCCUCUAGCGAGAUACACCUCCCUGCGCCCUGCGGAGAGAGAAGGAUGGUUUUUCCCUUGUGCCAAGUAAAUGCUGUGCAAAGCCAUGAACCAGGCUUUGAUGUUUCUCCUCUGCGGACUGGCAUGGAUUAGCAAGUUCAGACUUGACCUGGGAGUUGGGGCAGUGAGUUUUCAGCCUGUCUCCGCCUUACCUGUCAUAUUCUACAUGACUUGGAUUGGAGUAUACAGGAGUAACUCUCUUAACUGGAUAUUAAGCACUAAUACUUGCCUUCUGCUCCCCAGCUGGAGGGUAGCGAUUUAAUGUAUCUUAACAUAAUAUGACUGAAGCCAUAGACUCAUGAUCAAAUGGAGAAAAUCUUUUUAGUGCCUUUUUUUUGUAUGUUUCUAAUAUAGUAGCUGGAGUAAGGACAGUUGUUUGAACACAAGCAAUAAACUGAGAUGAACAAGACACUGUGU